AUGGCAGCUGCGGAUCCGCUGCGGGGGCUCUGCGAAGAACUGACCUGCUCCAUCUGCCUGGACCACUUCAAGGCUCCGGUGAUACUGGACUGCGGGCACAAUUUCUGCCAGGCCUGCCUGGCCCAGUGCCCGCCGGCCCCCGACGCAGAGGCGAUGUGCCCCCAGUGCAGGGCGCCGUUCCGGCCAGGGGGCGCCAAGCCGAACCGGCAGCUGGCGAACCUGGUCGAGCUGCUCAAGGAGCUGCAGGAGAGCAAGCGCGCGGCGGGCGGGGGCGGCGUGUGCGAGCGGCACCGGGAGCCCCUGAAGCUCUUCUGCAGGGACGACGCCGCCGCCAUCUGCGUGGUGUGCGACCGCUCCAAGGAGCACCGCGAGCACGGCGUGAUCCCCCUGGAGGAGGCUGUCCAGGAGUGCAAGGAAAAAAUCCAGGCCCAGAUGACGUCUCUGGAGAAAGAACGAGAAAACCUCAAGAAUCAGAAACUGGCUGAGGAGCUGAGGAGCCAGGAAAGCCUGAAACUGUUAGGAGAGGAGAAGCAGAAGAUCAACUCCGCCUUUGAACAAAUGCAUACGUUUCUUGAAGAAGAAAGAAGUCUGUGCCUGGCCCAGCUGAAUGUUCUGGAGAAAACGGUGGAGAAGAGGCAGGAAGAAAAUAGCACCCGGCUCGUGGAGAAGAUUUCCCAGCUCGGUGACCUGAUUGCAGAAAUGGAGGGGAAGCUCCAGCAGUCAGCAAAUGAAUUUCUGCAGGAUUUCAACAAAAUCCUCAACAGGUCUCAGGAGGAACAAGCAGGCCAAGCACCAGACCCGUCCCCUCGGCUGGAUGGCAGAGUCGCCCAGUGCUGCCAGAUGAACCGCGCUUUAGAAAACUCUCUGGCAAAAUGCAGAGAUAUCCUGGAACUCGUACUGAACACAGCAUUUUGGGAGCAAGCAUCACAGAAAGCCGUGGAUGUGACCCUGGACCCCAUCACGGCCCACCCUGAUCUCAUUCUCUCUGGCGACCUCAAGUGUGUGAAAUGGGAAGGCAUCGGGCUAGACCUGCCUGACAACCCGGAGAGAUUCGAUGAGACCUGCUCCGUGCUGGGCUGCGAAAGAUUUUCUAGUGGGGAACACUGGUGGGAGGUGGAGGUCGAUGGGCGGAUAUGGGAAACGUGGUGUUCGGGCAAAGCCACGGAGGUCAUGUGGGCCGUAGGAGUUGCGCGGGAGUCUGUUGCAAGGAAGGGGAAAAUCAAUCAUUAUCCUAACGAAAAUAUUUGGGCCGUGGGGAAGGCCAUGAGUAACUUGUUCUUGUCUUGUAAAUUCUGGGCUUUUACUUCCCCUGGAUGGACUCCCUUGACCCUGAGAAAUGAGCUCAGAAUGAUACGGGUGUACCUGGACUAUGAAAAGGGCCGUGUGGAAUUCUUUGAUGCCGAUACGCAAGAUGUGAUUUUCACUUUUUCCACCUCUUUCAUGGGAGAGAGCAUCCGUCCCUAUUUCUGGGUGAAUCCGGGGGUCCGAAUGAAAUGCAGAGAUAUGAGGAGCACCCCAGCACCGUCACUUUGUCUGUCCUGAAAGUGGGGGGAACCCCAGAAUGUUUCCGGAGCUGAAUGGGAACAGGCAAAAGAGUGACAGAAGAGGGAUGAGCAGCUGGCACCUCUUUGCUCGCUCGCCUUGGCUCAGAGGUCCCUACCAGCCUGUUCCCUGCCACUCCUGCAGGCCUUGGAAACGAGGUUCUUCACUCUGCCCCAGUGAGAGAGCCUGAUGACCUGUGAGUAUUCAUUUAUUGCAAGCUUUUCUAGACUGUCAGCAAAGCCACACGGCUCUCUGGACAAUUAACAACAGUUUAAAAUGCAAUUAAAAGGCAUAAAAAUCCAUAUAACAUCAUAAAACAAAUUGAAUAAAAUCAAACCAUUAAUUCCAUCAGCAUGAACACUGUGCUGCCCCCAUAGAGUGGCCAUAUUGGACACAUUUAAUAUUUACAAAUUUACAAAUAAAUUAAAAAUACUAAAAUAAAUAAAAAUAUAUUUAUUCAUAAAUAAAAUACUAACUUAAAAUUAGAAUCAAAACUGUCAGCAAUUUAAAUGCUUCAAAAAUUAAAAAAAGUCUUUGCCUAGCGCCUAAAUGUGUACAAUGUAAGUGCCUGGCACACAACUCCAGGGAGCCGAUUCCAAAGAUGGGGUACCAUGACCGAAAAGGCCCCACUCCGAGUAGCCAACUUCCUAGAAUCUUUUAAAAGCAGUGCCUGAAGCAAGAUCUCUGAUGAAAAUCUUAGGGUCUGGGUAGGCUUGUGUGGGUGGAGCAAUGUAACAGGAAGGUGCAAUAUAACAGGGACAUUAUAUAUAACAGCUUUAAUUGUUGUAGCAGAUAAAUGUGAAAUCAGGUCUAUGCAAUGAAAAAGACCCAAUACAUUAGAGAAAAUGAA